AUGUCCGCCACGCUCAGCGCCCUCAACGGCUUUCGCGCUGCAUCGCGCGCCAUCGACAAGUACGUCUUCCUCAGGCAGCUGCAGCACGAGGACGCGGGGGUCUUCUACCGACUGCUGGUGAACAACGCGAUGGAGAUCAUGCCGUACGUGUACACCCCCACGGUGGGCGAGGCUUGCCAGACGUACCACACGCUCCCGAUCGCUCAGCAGGGCGUGUACAUCACCGCGGACGAUAAGGGUCGCGUGGGCGAGGCGCUGCGGUCGCGGGCACCUCCGUCGCUGGCGAACGACCUGAAGGUUGCGGUCGUGACGGACGGCGAGCGGAUCUUGGGCCUGGGCGACCUCGGCGCGGGCGGCAUGGGCAUCGCCGAGGGCAAGAUCCUGCUGUACAGCGUGUGCGCGGGGAUUCGGCCGAACCAGUGUUUGCCCGUGUGCAUCGACGUGGGCACCGACAACAAGUCCCUGCUGGAGGACCCGAUGUACAAAGGCCUGAGGCGGGAGCGGCUGCGCGGACGGGAGUACGACGAGGUUGUCGAGGAGUUCAUGUCCGAGAUGCGCUCGUGGCAGCCGCGGUGUCUGGUGCAGUUCGAGGACUUCGGCAACACCAACGCGUUCAGGAUAUUGGAGAGGUACAGGCACCGUCAGCCGUGCUUCAACGACGACAUCCAGGGCACCGCGUGCAUCGCCCUCGCGGGGGUGCUCAGCGGCUUGAGGACGACGGGCGCGGACCUGACGGAGCAGCGCAUCCUCUUCUACGGCGCGGGCGAGGCGGGCGUGGGCAUCGGCGAGCUCAUCGCCAUGGCCCUCGAGAAGCGCGGCAUGUCGCACCACGACGCCAUCAACAGGUGCUACUUCAUGGACAGCAAGGGGCUGGUGUGCAAGCAGCGGCUGGACGCGCCGCAGACCCCUAAGCACGCGUUGCAGCCGCACAAGGUUGCGUUCGCGCACGACGUCCCGUACGAACCCGACUUGCUAUCCGCCAUCGACGCGAUCAAACCCACCGUGCUCAUCGGCGUCUCCACGAUUCACGGCGCGUUCGACGAGCGGGUGGUGCGUAAGAUGGCGGCGAUAAACCCCCGCCCCGUCAUCAUGCCCCUUAGUAACCCCACGUCCAAAGCGGAGUGCACGUUCGAGCAGGCGGUGACGUGGACGGAGGGGCGCGUCGUUUUCGCAUCCGGGAGCCCGUUCCCGGCGAUGACCUACCGCGGGAAAACCUUGCACCCGGCGCAGGCGAACAACGCGUACGUGUUCCCGGCGUUGGGCCACGCGGCGGUGCUGGCGGGGGCGAGGGAGGUGAGCGACGACGCGUUCUUAGCCGCAGCGGAGGCGCUCAGCGCGAUGACCACCGAGGCGGAGCUCGCGGCGGGCAAGCUGUUCCCCGACUUUGACUCCAUACGAGAGGUGAGCCACGAUCUGACGGCGAGGGUGUGCGAGCUGAUGGAGCGGGACGGUCAGGGAGUCAAGCCCGCGGGGGUGACGGACUGGAAGAAGUACGUGGACAGCCAGUUCUGGGAGCCCGAGCCGGAGACCCCGUCGAAGCUCUAA